AUGAAUCCCGGUCCACCGUUGUCGUACGAGAGUCUGAAGACAGUUUUGCAGUAUAUGGAUCCGAACUUAAGAAUUCGCCUCUUCAUAAACUGUCCUUUGAUCCGAUCAGCUGAAAAAGUAGUUCCUCUGAAGAUCAAGAAGCUCGAGCUGAGUCAUCGAUGGAUUGCCAUUGACGAUACGAGGUAUACAGUCGGAAUUUACAAAAAGUAUCCAGCGGGCACAUGCCCACCUCGAGUUGAGAGGGAAAACGAAUUUGGUGGAUUGGCCACCGACUUAGAUCAGCAUGGAUACGAAGAUUGGCCGGGUAGACUUCAAUUGAGACCUGGAGACGUCGACGAAGGCAGAACGACGACAGAUGCUACUUCACACUUCAAAGUUAAAAAAGAGUUCGAGCAUGCGAGAGCGCAGGCCUAUAGUGAACUGAAGAACAGAGUCUUGAAUACAAAAGCAAUACUUCAACAGUGGUAUGCACGGAGGGACGGUCUUCCGGUCCCAUUCGAGAGUUACAUUAUGUUAACCAUCUCCAAUCAUGAGACUAAAGAAAAGAAAAAAGUUGAGUUUGUCAAGUACGAGAAGAGACUUCCCGAAGCUCUCAACUACCUGAUGCAUAGGAUCUUCGAGAAUAGACGUCAUCCAGUUGCUGUCAAGUUGUUGAUUCCAAAAUCAGAAAUUCUUCAUCUGACACCAGGACUUCGAAUGGAAAUUGAGGAAAUGAACUUUGACGGAGGGUCAUAUCGCGCAUUCGAUGAUAUAGCGGCAUAUAUUGAGGAGUCAAGUUACCCAUUGAAAUCGGUCAAAGCCUGUGUUUAUCACCCUUCCAUUUUCCAACACACGAUGCUUAGAAGCGCCAAGCACCUCGUGGUUCGCGGAAUCGGAUCAUUUGAAUGGCUCCCUAUUUUUUUGAACUUGGAAAACCAUAAAGCCCAUAUAAUAUGGAAUUACCUUGAUGAAACAAUGCCUGUUGAUGACUACAUGACUCUUAUCAGACAUUGGGUGUCUAGUGGAAAAGAAGUUGGAGCUAGCUUCAGACAGCCUCUUAAAGUGGAAAAAGGUGCGGAGCUUGAGACGAAUUAUUUCCAUCUAGAAGUAUUCAAGGAAAUCAAGGCGCAAUUCAAGAACUCUAUCUCUGGACAUAGGUACAUUUUUUGA